AUGACUACCAUAUUCUAUGACAUGAUGCAUAAACAGAUUGAAGUGUACGUUGAUGAUGUGAUCAUCAAGUCCAGAACACAAGAUGACCAUGUGCAAGACUUGAAAAUGUUCUUUGAAUGGCUACGAAGGUACAAUCUCAAACUCAAUCCCGCCAAAUGCGCAUUUGGAGUUCCUUCUAGGAAGCUUUUGGGUUUUAUAGUUAGCCGAAGAGGCAUUGAGUUAGAUCCCUCCAAGAUAAAGACCAUUCGAGAGCUGCCUCCCCCGACGAACAAAACAGAAGUCAUGAGUUUACUCGGGAGGUUGAACUACAUCAGCAGGUUCAUCGCGCAACUUACAACCACAAGUGAGCCCAUUUUCAAGUUGUUAAAAAAGAACGCCGCUAUCAAGUGGACAGAUGAGUGCCAAGAAGAUUUUGAUAAGAUCAAGGAAUAUUUGUCAAAUCCCCCUGUUUUGGUCCUGCCGAAACCUGGUAGGCCUCUGUUUUUAUAUCUGUCAAUAAUGGAUAGUUCCUUUGGUUGUGUUCUUGGUCAACAUGAUGCCACGGGCAAAAAGGAACAAGCAAUAUACUAUUUGAGGAAAAAGUUCACCACUUAUGAGGCCAAAUACACUCUUUUAGAAAGGACAUGUUGCGCCUUAACCUGGGUCGCCCAGAAGCUUAGGCAUUAUCUUUUGGCCUAUACAACUUACCUCAUAUCCCGAAUGGAUCCCCUGAAGUACAUCUUUCAGAAGCCGAUGCCAAUUGGCAGAUUGGCAAAGUGGCAAAUCUUGCUCAUAGAGUUUGAUAUUGUUUAUGCCACUCGUACUGCCAUGAAGGCGCAAGCGUUGGCUGAUCAUCUAGAUGAAAACCCAGUUGAUGAUGAGUAUGAAUCUUUGAACACAUACUUCCCAGAUGAGGAGGUUAAUUUAGUUGAAGAAGCAGUCCAAGAUGAUAGUCAAGUUUGGAAACUAUACUUUGAUGGGGCUGUCAAUAUCAAAGGCGUAGGGAUUGGGGCAAUUCUUGUAUCACCUACUGGGCAACAUUACCCUGCCACGGCGCGACUCCGUUUCUUCUGUACAAACUACAUGACAGAAUAUGAAGCUUGCAUCAUGGGUCUGAAUAUGGCAAUAAACCUAAAUGUGCAUGAACUGUUGGUGAUGGUAGAUUUAGAUUUGCUUAUUCGGCAGGCUCAAGGUGAUUGGGAGACUCGAGACAUCAAGCUCAUUCCAUAUAGACAAUGUGUGGAAGAUCUUAGCAAGAGGUUCAAGUCCGAGUUCAGGUACAUUCCCAGGUUUCACAAUGAAUUAGCUGAUGCCUUGGCCACCCUGGCCUCCAUGCUUCCAUAUCCGGGUAAUACUCACAUUGACCUAUUAGAAAUUCAAAUUCAGGAUCAACAUGGUUAUUGCAAUACAAUUGAAGCAGAACUAGACGGUAAACCAUGGUACCGUGAUAUUAAACAGUUUUUGAAAAUAAGAGAAUAUCCGGAACAUGCUAAUAGGGAUCAAAAUAGAACUAUUAGGCAACUCUCUAAUGGUUUCUUUUUGAGUGGGGAAAUCCUAUACAAAAGGACUCUGGAUUUGAAUUUGUUGAGAUGUGUGGAUGCCAAAGAAGCUGAAAUAAUUAUGAAUGAAGUGCAUUCAGGAGUGGAAGCUAUUACACUGAAAGCAUUUACCAAGAAAGCAGUAGUAGACUUUGUUCACUCCAACAUCAUCUGUCAUUUCGGUAUUCCAAAAAUUAUUAUCACGGAUAAUACUGCUAAUUUGAAUAGUCAUCUGAUGAAGGAGUCUUGUUGGUUUUUCUGCAAUGCAUGGAUUGGAUGUGCAAGAAAUAAGAUUCCAUCCCUCGCCAGAGAAAGUGGAACGUUUGAUCUCAAUACCAUCCGCAACCAGCUUUGA